UCCCGAGGGCGCCCGGGAGUUUGGUGCUUGGCACUGGCGCCACCCGUGACAGCGGGCAACCUCCCCACGACCACAGCCAGACACGCACCUGCAACUUCACUCUUUGACCCGCACUCGGAGCCUGGCCUCGACUGGUCACGUGCUCCCGGCCGUCCAAUCCGGACCGGCUAGUAAAUUUGUUCGGGAGCUGCUCAGAAGAAUUUGGUGAGAAGACCCAGGAGAAGCGCCCGAUCGGCCGUAGCGGUGGCGGCGGCGUUGCCUUUAGCCGCUGAGGCCGCCUUCGGAUCUCCCGCGGUCUCCGUUUUCCCCACCCUCUCGGUUCCGCCAGCGCUUUACCUGCGGCUUUUCCCAUCGCCCGUCUCCUCUUCUCGUUCCUGGCGUGGCUCCCUUCUCUCUCUCACCUGGGCCCCCUCGGACUGCACGGCAGCCCUUUGCAAUCGCCGCUCGGACUGCACGGCACCCCUUUGCAAUCGCCGCUUCUCUGCGAUUUCCUCCUGCUUCUCCUCCCCCGCUCUCUCUCUCUCUCUCUCCCCCCGAUUCCCUCAUUUCAUUUUUUUCCCCAUUUUAUCUCCGCUUUAACUUCCCUUGCUUGAUUUUCUUGUUCUCUCGGGCCGGGUGGCCCUUGGAUUUUUUUUUUUUUUCCUCCCAGGCUCCGUAUAAAUCACUCCACGCAAACUUUCUUUGCCUCGAUCCCAUUUAUCCCGAACGCUUUUCACUUCCUGCUUUGCCACCAGUCCUUUCCCUCUGCUCUGAUAUACAUCGGGAUUGUGCUUUCUUUCUCUGACUCCUUCACUCUUUCCCUCAUUGUUACCUUAUGUUGUCCUGCCUCUCUCUCAUCACUUUCAUAACUCAAAAGCUUUAAGCCUGCACUCCAAAUGUCUGAUCCGAAUAGUGUGAUUUCUACUCCUCACUCAUCUCAUGCUCCAAUCCCCCUCCCUUGUCUUAACCAGGUGUCCCUUUUCUUUUUGCUUUGUUUCACUCCUUUCCUAGCACUUUUAUGCUUGCCUAAAAUAGGGAAGAGUUGGCUUCAGUAGCAACAACGUUAAUUAAGAGCCGAAGAAGCUUCUUGGAUGAGGAACGAAUGGUCUUCAAAGAAAAAAAAUCAUAAACUCCAGUUGCCUCUUAAAAAAGCACCUUUAGGACAACUUCAUUAAUUGUUCUCAAAUGCUAAGGCGGAAGCUGAUGUGGUUAGUACCUGGAUCUUGACCAUGGCUUUGCUGAGUUCUGAGGGAACAGCUGAAGGGAGCUUGGGGACCAGUAGUAACUCUUGCCCACUGUGGACCGUGUUGUAUGACUAUGAAGCCACUGGAGAAGAUGAGCUGAGUUUGCGUAGAGGGGAAAUGGUGGAAGUUUUGUCUAAAGACGCAGCAGUGUCUGGAGAUGAUGGGUGGUGGGCCGGUAAAAUCCAUCAUCGUCUUGGCAUCUUCCCAGCAAACUAUGUGACUUACCAGCCAGGCUGUUACCAACAUCCCCAGUUAGGAUUGUUGGAGAAGACUGGGCAUCAAACCCAAGAUCUGACCACUGGUGAUGGGCACCCUGUAGAUCACGAAGACCAUAUGGGUUCUCUAGCAGAGAUUGACUUCCAGCAUCUGGAACUGCAAGAGAUUAUUGGAGUUGGAGGCUUUGGUAAAGUUUAUAGAGCAAUAUGGAAAGGCCAAGAAGUUGCAGUGAAAGCAGCGCGGCAGGAUCCAGAUGAGGACAUCAUGGCCACGGCAGAGAAUGUGAAGCAGGAAGCAAAGUUCUUUUCCAUGUUGAAACAUCCAAAUAUCAUUGAACUUCAUGGUGUAAGUUUGCAGGAGCCCAACCUCUGUCUAGUUAUGGAAUUUGCCAGGGGAGGACCCCUCAAUAGAGCUUUGUCAGGUACUUUCCCCACCGCUAGCGGGAGCCACUGGGGCCGUCGCAUUCCUCCUCAUAUAUUAGUCAACUGGGCAGUACAAAUUGCUCGAGGGAUGCUUUACUUACAUGAAGAAGCCAUCGUCCCCAUCCUUCACAGAGACCUCAAGUCAAGUAACAUACUGUUGCUUGAGAAGAUAGAAAAUGAUGAUAUUCACAACAAAACUCUGAAAAUCACAGAUUUUGGCUUGGCAAGAGAGUGGCACAGAACAACCAAAAUGAGUACUGCAGGCACCUACGCAUGGAUGGCUCCUGAGGUCAUCAAAUCAUCUGUGUUUUCUAAAGGAAGUGACCUUUGGAGGUAAAGUGUUUAAAUGACUUCUAUAUAACUAAAUAAAAUUUGAGUCAACCUUAUGUUCAAUGGUUUUCUCCUAGUAUGCAUGCAAAAUAACCUUAACGGGGUCUAUUUU